GCACGAGCUCCCGGCCCGCCCCCCGCCCGCCCAUCAGUCGAGGGCUCUUCUGGUAGCGCGGGGCCGGAGUAGCCUCGGCGGUUGGAGCGCUGGGGCCGCAGCCGCCGCAGCCGGUAACGGCCGCCGCCGCCGCGCGAGCAGAACCGAGCCGAGCCUCCCUCGGCGGGUGCGGGCGGGGGGCUUCGCCCCAGGCUGGGGCCCGCAGCCUCCUCAUCUCUCGCCCAACCCUCCACGGGUCCGGCCCCCGGGUGGGGCAGGUGGAGGGAGCCAGAGGUAGGACCCUCCCUCCGGAGACCCCCGGGGGGCGAAGGCGCCGCAGCUGCCCCAGCUCCCGAGCCGGAGGCGGGGAUGUGCAGGGCGGGGGCCACGUCGUAAGUGCCGGGCCGGAGCCGGAGCCGAAUCCCCGGGAAAGCGGCGGCAGCCUAGGAGUAUUGCUUCACAUACAAACCUAGUGUGGCCAAGCAAAUUGAGCCAUUUCAGAAUCAUGGGAGUGUUGAUGUCCAAGCGGCAGACAGUGGAGCAGGUUCAGAAGGUGAGCCUGGCUGUGUCAGCUUUCAAGGAUGGGCUACGGGAUAGGCCUUCUCUCCGGCGCACAGGUGAAUCAGCUGGGUCUCGGAGGGGCACGGUAGAGCACUCUGUCCAGGAAGUACAAGAGGAGGAUGAGCCGGAGACAGUGGCAGCUGCCCCACAGGAAGAGAACAGUGUCAACAAAGCAGCCUGGGAACGGCUAAGGGAUGGCCGUGGGAUAGAACCUGAGGAGUUUGACCGUGCCAAUCGCUUCACACCACCUGCCUUCAUCCGACCCAUUCGGGAACUAAAUGAUGAUAAGCCACUUGAUAUCUGCUUGGAACCUAGAGAAUCUGUUAUCAGUGAUGAGAUGUGUGAGAUUUGUGAGGUAUGGACUGCUGAGAGUCUCUUCCCAUGUAGAAUCUGCACUAGGGUUUUUCAUGAUGGCUGCUUGCGCCGAAUGGGCUAUCUACAAGGAGACAGCACCGUGGAAGUGACCGAGAUGGCUCACACUGAAACAGGCUGGAGCUGUUACUAUUGUAACAACCUCAACCUGCUUCUCACAGAAGAAGAGAUGUACAGCCUCAUGGAGAACUUCCAACAGUGCAAAAUUAUUCCUGAUUGUUCCCUAACACUGGAGGACUUCCUGCGCUACCACCAUCAGGCAGCAAGGCGAGGAGGAAGUGAAAGAGCACUGAGUGAAGAGCAGGAAGAGAGGGCAGCUCAACAAUUUGCUGCCCUUGACCCUGAGCGCCGGGGCCAUGUUGAGUGGCCUGACUUCUUGUCCCAUGAGUCCCUCCGGCUACUACAGAAACUUCGUCCACAGAACUCUCUAUUAAGGCUACUGACGGUUAAGGAGCGGGAACGAGCUCGAACAGCCUUCCUAGCCCAAGGCAUUGGGGGUUAUAUCAGUGAGACUGAAUGCCGUCGGGCCCAACACAUCUGGUUCCGAAAACGACCCUCAGAGGCUCCAUCUUGCAAUGUUAGUAUCAGCCAUGUGGGACCAAUGUCAGAAAGCAGCCCGGCCAGCAACAGCAGUGCCAAGAGCCCAGAGAAACUUUUGCAGACAGCUAAACAGGAGGAGCCCAGGUCUGUGGAUUGGCCCACCUUCCUGAAGGAGAAUGUCAUCUACAUCCUUGCUGCCCGCCCCAAUAGUGCUGCCAUUCACCUGAAACCCCUAGGGUAGAGUCUGUAGAAGUAGGGGUAGCCCCUAGUGGGGCAGUGUGGGGUCACCUCCUCCUCCAGCCCCUGACACUGAAAAAGAUUGGGAGGAGGGAGACCUCCAGCAUCUUUGUUCCUAAGCUUUGCCACAGGGGAUCUAGACAGCUUCUCCUUUCAUAGGGUGGGUAGCAAGUACAUUGCCUAAGGGAGAGGUUCUGGGAGAAGAGGCAAUAUUCACUAUAGCCCUAACAGCUUUGUCUGUUGCUAGCAAAAAGGAUUCCGUCCCCACUUCCUUCCUCGUCUCGACCAGUGUCAUUGAUGGGAUAACUCAAGAUUCUUUAUCCCUCUAAAUUUGCUAGAAGUUUGAUUUCUAAUUGGUUGAGAAAGGACCAAACUUCACUGAUAUCCUAGGUCAUUGUAGCUGAAAGAGACCUUAGUGGUCACCUAGUCCAACUUUCUCAUUUUAUAGAUGGGGAAAAUGAGGUCCAGAAAAGUUUUGACUUGCGUAAGGUCACACAGUGAGCCAGUGGUAGAAUAAGAAGUCAGAGCCAGUUCUCCUGACUCCUAGUCCUGUCCCUCUACAAAAACUCCCUAGAUUUGUCUUGGGACUGGGGGAGGGGAGUGCCUACUCCUACAUUUAGCCAGACUUUUGAUUUCUGAUUGACGAGAAAGGACCAUAGUCCCUUACAUCCAUAGUUCUCUUAAAUUCUUAUUUCUAAUUUGCUGAGGUAAAAACAGCCUACCACACUUACCCUUUACCAACCUGUAAACUACUGAGUAGAGACAGGAAAACAAUAUCCUCCCCAGAAUUCCAGUAACUUUGGCUGAAAUAAAUUUCAUCCAAAGUCAGUAGAAUUCUGAUUAGCUUUGCAAAUGAAACUGGAAACCUUAGAUGAAGCUGUGCCUAAGGUGUCCCUGUAUUGGAAGUGAACAAAAUGGAUUACAGGCUGGUCUCCUGGAACCAAAGGCCUGAUCUGGUGGGCCUCAGCUGCAGUUCAGAGGACCUCACUAGGUGUUGUUCACAUUCUGCUCUCUCCACCUCAACCAGUUCCUGUAGGCUGAGUAAUUAAUAUCUCAUCAUUGUGGAGAAUAAAGAAGUCUUCCUUAGCAUCUGUAGGAAGGGAAAAGGGAUUCUCCUAGACAAUUAGUAGUACAGGUGAUCUUCCACACCACUUCUAUAAUGUGAGAUGUACUGGGAGACAAAAGGUAUUAGAAUUCAAAAGAGGACUUAGGGCUACCCUGUCUUCUGAGGAACAAAGCUUUUCCUAGGGCUUGGGGGCUAAUGGAGUAGGCAGUGACUCAGAGGGAGGAAGGUAGUCCUAUUAUUGCCCUUCCCACAUAUUCCCAUUAGGCUAGUAUUACCAUUUUGUGACUUCUUUUCCCCUUCACAUCUGCUCUGGAUGUUAUAUUUUAUCACUAUAGAACUGGGAUCAGCAUGAGGGGCUGCAUAGUAUGGACUGCCUGAAUGUUUAUCCCCCUGGGGUCCAGUGAGAUAGUGAAAGGUGCCUGGUAUACUUGUCUAGUACUCCUUUGACUUCAAGAUCUGGCCUGGCUUAGGAAAGCUCCUGUGCAUAGUCCUUAGUGAACUAAAGUACAAAUAAGAGCCUUAGAUUGCCACCGAAGACACUACGGCCCAUUCCCAAGCCCCAGUAUUGUGAAUGCUGGUCUUUAGGGAGAGUGAAAAUGAAAGGAAGCCCUCUUCAUCUUCCCAAAUUGCUCUCUAUAGCUGUUAAAUAAGGUAAAACCAACUCUUAUCCAAUGCCUUAGUUUCUCUGCCUAUAAAAUUUGGAGAGGAAUGAGCUCUGUCAUAUGAAAGCCAAAUUUUCCCUAGAAGUCCUUGGCAGCCUCUGUAUCAACCAAAUGGAGUGUUUUUGAGGGACUUUGAGAUCCUCAGCAUCACUGACAAUGAGCUGAGCUCAGAAUUGAACAGGAGGAGGAGAAUGGGCUGGAUUGCCUUUUCGAAAUUGCAUAGUGCUUUUAAUGACUCCAAAUUUCUCAUUAAAACAAAGGCUCAUCUUUUUUCACCUUCUUCUGAAAUCUUGUCCAUUGUAUGGCUUCAAGUCAUGGGAUACCACAGUCUCUGAAGAAUUAAAAUUACCUAAAAAGCAAUAGAGUGGCACAGGGUGGGCAUGAGUAGAAUGCAACAUGUAAGCAACCAAGAAAAACAGUAUAAUAAAGGGUAUCAUCAGAUGUAUGAUUAGAAGAUGGAUUUAUCAUGGCCAUUCCAAAGACAAGAACUCAGUUGACAUCCAUACAGUGUCAAAAGAACCACAAGUCCUCCAACACGUUGGGUGGACCCCUUGUGGAAGAUUUAUAAGAAAAUAUGGAUGAGGAGUACACGAAAUUAGAGGGCAUGAAUGGGUUUCUACCUGCAUUGUUGGAGGCAGUAUCCACAAUGAUAAGAUCACAGAUCCAGUGAACUACUGAGAUUCUCAAAGGAAUGUCACAGUACGUGCAAUGAAGUCGUGGAAAUUUGCAGUCCACAAAACUAAGGAAUCAACUUGGAGAAAUAAUGAAAGUUGUUUAAGUGUUUAAACUUGAAUUGAAGAGAGAAACCCACAAUCAGAAUGGGACCCACUUUUAAGGUUCUGAGAAUUUCACAAGCUAUAGCUACUUGCAGAGGUUCCUCUACUGUGCUCAAAAUACUGACUGAUGCUAAAGGUUAUGGUUAUUCCCACCAAAAAAAGGAAAAAGAAAGUAAGUGAUGGCAUCAAGGACGUUGCAUUCUAUCAUAAGCUCUUGUCCCAAGAAACACUUGUACUCUUUCUCACUGCAUGUCAAGUUAGACACCUAAGGGACUCCUAAAGAAUGGUCCUCUCCAAGAUCUGACUUCCACAAGGUAAUUCCAGGAGGCACACACUUUAUGCUUCAAGAAAUUAAGGGAUCUCCUCAUCUUCUGCACUCAAGGAACUUAAUGGCCUUCAUUAACUACCAGGACUAUGAAUCUAGGGUCUUGUUCACUUAUCCUGCCUAGAUGAAAAUUGAUGCCAAAAAGCUUGCUCCCUGGCCACAGCCUUCUUUCUUCAGUAUGUGAGAAAAACUGUGGGACAGAUCUUGCAAGGUAGGCACAUCCUAGGGCCACCCAAGUAGAACUAGUUAUUUGGUGUGCUUGAUUAUUGCUCCUUUCACUUGGUGCUCUGGUGAGGCUUAGGUGAGUUCCUCUUCCCCUUCUCAAGGGAAGUAAAGGAAAGCAUUAAGCCUUUUCCCUCUAGGUAGGGGAGUUGAGGCACAGAAGAAUAUCAUAAAAGUGGAUCCUUAUUUGGGAACCAGAUUCCUUAUAUUGGAAGGAAACUUGAAAUGUCCAUCCUUCUUGCCUUUAGGCAGGGCUAGACAGAUGGAUAGCUCGCCCAUUUUUCGUAAAUGUCAUUAGCCAGUGAGGGAGAUUCCAAAGUAAUUACCUUAGUAAUCCAUUGUUCAAAAUUCUUGGUCAUAAAUUCUUCCCAGCCUUAGUCCUGUCUCUUGCAAUUUGUUUUUUCCUGGUGUCUUACUGGGGAGUUAUAUAAUAAACUGCCUCUUUCCUUCUGUAAAAAUUCUUGGAAUAUUCGAACAUUCCAAUACAUUCUUAACAAAAUAAUCCCCCUUUAACUUUUCCUCCUAGGUCAUCCUAAAACCUUUCAAUUAUGAUAUUAGUCUAAAUUCUCUCAAGCCUCAACAUAUAUGUCCUCCCCUAGAAAAGGGCCUCCCUUUUCACUGACUUCAGCAAUAAGAUCUUAAUGACUUUCCCCACCUUUUUCUUUCUCCUGAGGGGAGGCAUUGACCAUACAUCAGAUAUCUUUGGAGAAGACUUCUUACCCUAAAAUUGCUCAUCACUUAUCAGGUUGCCUCCUUAAAACCAGAUUAAAAUUGUGCAACCCACGUUACCAGGUUGGAUGGAAAAGGAAAGGCUGAGAUAGAAGAAUGCCUGCCAUGAAGAAGCAGCUGCUACCAUCCACAGUGAGAUAUUGCACUUUUGGGCCAUUCCUCUUUCCCUGUGGCCUUCUUGCCUUCUUCUUUUCCUUUAAUGUUGAGGAACAGGUUCCAGAUAAUUAUCUAGACACACUUAAAGCAAAUCCUGGGUUCUUGAGCAAUAUAAAUAUUUAAGAUCCAGGGAGAGAGGCCUCAUCCCCUAGACACCAAAAUCACUCUCAAGGGUUCAUCUCUAUUUUGAUUCCAGUUCCACACAAAAGUAUUUUGCCAGUGGAAAUGAUGAGCACACACACAAACACAUAAAUACACUGCCUUCUCCCCCCACCCAAUGUCACUGUGACUGAAGGUGGUGAGUGAUUUCUGUUCAGAUCCACUAGCCUUGCUAAGCUUCUUCUGACAGCCAAGCUUUGAGGGGAUCUGAAUGGAAUGGCAAAAGACCUAGAACCUUUUAUCCUUUGUAGGAGUGACCACUAUGAAACCUCACUCACACCAAGCCCUUGCUUUUUUAUAACUGGAAGCACAGCACAGUCUGUACUGCCUACUGGGAUGUUCCACCUUACCAAAGGAGGAGGUCUCACUUAGGAAACCCCUGGAAUCUUCAGGCAGGUAGAUCUGCUAUGAUCAUCCCAGCACCAAUGUGAAUGAACUGGGAUGUUCGAACCUUGGUUAGCAAGGAGAGAAGGAAACUUAGAAAUUGACUAGGAAGGUAGCAGGCACUAGGAGUCCUCUUCAUCUUUGGGACAGAAGCACCAUAGCAGGUGGCACAGGAAUGGUAAUGCUUUCUCCACCCAGAAUUGUUAGUGGGGGCCUGUGACCCUGCAAAACCAAAGUGUGCUCUUUAGCUGGCGGCUUAUAGUAUGAAGUAGGCAGAUACCGAAGGAAGAGGCUGACCAGCCCUAACUCUAGAAUUUCAGGAGACACCAUCAGCCAGUAUGAAGCCAUAGACAGAGCCACUUGCUGCCUGGCUUAGUUGAUCAAUCAGCUGCUGCCCUUCGCACCGCCAUUUACUCUAUAAUCUCUUAGGAUCUCUGAGCUUCUGGGGAAUAAGUACAUUAUUGUAUGCUUGCUGAGGCUAAGUGAACUGAGAGUUCCUCCUCAUCAGACUGUUCAUGACAGUUAAGCCCCUCGGGAAUAGUGUCCUACAUUUGAUCCAGCCAUACCAUUAUCAUCUAGCCCUUGGAUUGAGCCAUGGUUUUUAAAGAAAGAAAAAUGAAUAGCAGAGCCAUUUCCUCUGUGCCAUAUUUCUUUCAUGAUCCAGUGUGGUAAAAGAAUCUCAUUCUCUCCCUGUAUUUUCUGGAGUGGGUCCCAUUAUCUGAUCCAUGUAUAUAUUACUGGGCAGUCUUCUGUUUCAUAUUGGGGGAUGAAUCCUCCAACCUGGUAAGGAGUGUAUGUAGGCAGUUGGAACUGGCCUUAAGUGGUCACAGCUCUCAGUUCUGUAACCCUUGGCAUUGGGUUGGCAUACUCUUUCCCAGAUGAUAGCAAUGGGGCACAGCAAACAAAAGGAACUUCCCAGGAUCCUAUAUUAAAGCAAAGAUAGGGCUGAGGAUAGAACUGGGGUGUACUGGGUCCCAGUUAUGGGAGCUUGGCCACAAUGCUUAAAGACGUAUUGUCAUUGUGUCCCUUCUGAGCCUUUUUUGAAGUACACAGAAGACAUAUUCUAGGAGCACUUGGGCAAAAGUGGAUUCAUUAUCCCUUCAUGUUCUCACUGUUAGGAGAUGGCAUGCCCUUUUUAAAAGAAUCUUCCCCAAGACCUGUACCUGCCUUUCUGCAAACACUAACUUGGACAUUGAGGGGUAAAGUCCCCAACUUCUGUUUUUCCCUUGACUAUAGUUGCAUGUUUCUUCUACCCAUGCCCAGCCCUUGUGGGCAAUGCAGCCAAAUGGAGCUGGUACUCCCAAAGUCUGGGCACACACAGGAUAUCCUAAUAAAGAAAUCUUGACAUUA